UUGAGAUUCACAUGCUCGGUGUCUGGUCCCUUUUCUUCUCUGAUUAGCAGCACACCCCCGGGCUUCUGCCCCCCUCCACAGCCCCGAGAUGACGCGACGCAGCAGCCAGAUCUAUGUCUGCUGGGGUUGUCUCUCGCUCCGACCGGUAGAGCGUGCACUCAUCCGACAGCGCGCCCCUCGCCCAACGACUGCAGCGUUUUCAUCAUUAUCGACAUCGCCGUCGGCAACAUCCCGCAGAUCACGGCUGCUGUCCGGGACCCUCGCCACCCGUCAUGACCGACCACAUCUCCGAUCCGCGUCCACUGAGUCCCCAUUUCCGGCCGCCGAUCUGAACUUCGACUGGGCGAACCAACCGAAAACCCUCCGUUCCGUUUCCGAGUCGACCAACAUUCGCGAGCGACUGAGGGCCUGGGAGGCCGCGAACCCAACUCCCGCCCUAGCCUUUCCCAGGGACGACCCUGCCGAUGACGCCGUCGCCAACGUCUUGACAAGGAAUCGGAGCGAGUUUGGCUUCAAGCUGGAUGUUGCUACCCAGGAUGAGGAUGCCGCACGCCCCCAUUUUGACGGCGACGGCGUCGACAUGGUCGACCUGGGCCUGAGCGGUGCAGUGCUGGAAGCUGGAGACCUGGUCGAAGUCACCUCCGGCUCGUGGGGGCUCAAGAUCCUCGCCAUCUGCCUCGGAAGCUUCAACGGCCAUCUCCACUUUUACACGAAUACCGGCAAGUGGUUCACGAGCCGUAACAUCCGCUCUGGCUUCGUCGUCAAGAAGUUUGUCAAGGACCCAGCCGAACUGCAGGCUGUCGUCGAUGCCAUCCCCUCCCUCUCGCCCUCCAGCACCGUGUUGAACGAGCUCCAAGACCUCAACAUUGGUCCCUCGCGCGACCUUGCCGCUUCCUUGAUCCGCAAGAUGUACACCUUUCAGUCUGCUUCGCGCCUUAUCCACCAGACCUACGUCGAGAGGCUCAGUCGCGCUCACAACCAGCUUGGUCGCGAAGAGAGGAUGCUCAGCUUGCGCGAAAUCGCCGACGCCCUUCUCCCUGCCAGCCUCAAGCGAAACAAGGGAGCCUUCCCUCCCGAAGCCCUGUAUGCCGUCUAUUCUGUCAUUGAGGGGGCUGACGUCGCCUUCCACGCUCUCGACCGCGGAGCUCGUCACCACGAAUCCUACGUUUUUGCCCUCCGGUCGGCCGAAGUCCAGGAAAACGUCGCCCAAGUCGAGGAGUGGGUCCGUGAAUACUACGAGUCUCUUCGCGGCAACUCCAAAGCUGGGCGCAAAUUUACGUCAGCUGUUGCUGUGUUUAAGGAUUUCCUGGAGCAGGCCCGCAGCCUCAUUGAUCAAGUCCGCAAGGAGCGUCAGUGGUCGCCUCACGGUAUGAUAGGGCCGUGUAAACAGGGCGAUGCUCAGUUCACAAUCCCCGCCUGGUCCGACACGGGCCACUCCAUCAUCCAGUUCAUGGAGCAUUGGGCCGCAUCGGGCGGAUUCCGCUCUGGUUCGCGUUGCCACUGGAUUGGAGCCUCCAUUUUGCGGGCUCUCCAUCGCUACGACGACUCUUUGCUCGACCCCACGACUGGCUGGACCUUCCUGCAGGAGAUAGGCUGGAUCCCGCCGUGGGACAUCAGCGCCCGCCAUGCUCUGCGCCUGCCGGAGCAGGAGGUCAACCGGCACGCCAGUAUUCUGCCAGUAUCCCCACCGAACGCCUCCGCCUCUGAGCUCGGCCCAGACCGGCUUGCCGACCUCCGUCAAGAUUUUGCUCGCUCAACUGUCUACUGCAUAGAUUCAGCCGACACCCUUGACGUUGAUGAUGGAAUUUCGCUUGAAUCCCUCGACAACGGAGAGCACUGGAUUCACGUCCACGUGGCGGAUCCAGCCUCCCGCAUCCCGCCGGGGAGUGCCCUUGCCGAGCAAGCAGCCCUGCGAGCCCAGACAACAUACUUGGCUGGUUUUUAUCGGAGCAUGCUCGACGGCGACCAUGUCAGGGAGGCCUUCUCCCUAGGGCCCAACCAACCCACGCUCACUUUCAGUGCUCGAGUCACCGAGACGGGGCGUAUCCUCGAGAGCAAGGUGACCCCCGGAGUCCUUCGUGAUGUCGUGUACAUCACCCCGCAGGAUGUCUCCUCUGUUGUCGGCGAUGAUGACCCUUCAGGCAUACCUACGCAUGUCUUCGAAGUAGGAACCCCUCAAGCAAGAGAUCGUCCUCCCGUCAGGAGAAUGACUACGCCUUCGGGUUUAUCUAGGGCGCAAUUCAGGGAGCUCAAGACGCUCUCGAAACUUGCAGAUGCCCUCCAGCGUGUCCGGCUCGAUAAUGGAGCCAUUCCAGCCUUCCUACCUCGGCCAAUAGCCACGGUCUCGACAGACGGGAUUGCACCUGGGGUGGUCGGUGACAGUGUAGCAUUCUAUCGCGGCGAUCCCUACAUCCGGAUCGCGUAUGGCGGCCAAGGUAGUCAGCUAGUGAGCAGCCUGAUGCAGUUAGCCGGCCAAAUCGGCGCACAGUGGUGCUACGAGCGAGACAUUCCCAUCCCCUACCGCGUCCAGCUGCUUGCAGGCCAAGACCGGGACGCCCUGCUCGCAUUCACCCGCAACGUCUUCUACCCACAGCUCGCGGCUGGCAAGAACCCGUCGGCCGAGGACUGGCACACCCUUCGCGCCCUUGUCGGCGGGUUCGACGUCUCGACCGGUCCGGCUCCCAAUCUGGCCAUGGGCCUGGACCUAUACACGAAAGUGACAUCGCCUCUUCGCCGAUACCCGGAUCUGCUUGUACACUGGCAGAUCGAGGCUGCCCUACUGGAAGAGCACCGCCGCGGCAGCUCUCUCGCGGUCAGAAAGUCCACUGGCGCCAGCGCAGAAGAGCAAGCACCUACACCCCCGGUUAAGAGCCAAGCAGCAAAGAAGGGCCCAAAGAGUUACCUUCCCUUUUCCAAAAAGGAGCUCGAGGACACGGUGCUUCCACGCCUGCGUAUCCGUGAGCGCCACAGCCGGCUGAUCGACAAUGUCGACGGCAACAGCCAGUGGAUCCUCCAGGCGCUGGUACGGGCGUGGCGCUUCGGCGAAGGCUCCCCGUCGCAGCUGCCCAAGACUUUUAGGUUUACCGCCUCGGAUGUCGUUGCUCGGCGGGCCAUCAAGGGGCGGAUUGACUGGUUCGAGCAGCCGGCGACGGUCCACCUCGAGGACUUGAACGGCGUUGUGAGGAUUGCCGAGGUGCAGCCUGGUGAUGUGUUCAACGUCGAGUUGGCGAAUGUGAAUGUGCAUAUGAACAAGAUAUAUGUGAGGCUUCUGGAAAAGGUUGAGAAAGAGUAGACCGGGAAAGCCUCACAACUUUGCUCCAAGUAUUGGGGGCGAGUCGAACAACAGGGUCCUGGGAAUUGGCAUUGGAGAGCCAUGUAAACCUAAGUUGAGUGCAAGAUACAGUGCUGUAUGAUAAAAUUCUAGUGGAUGGAGUCAUGGAUAUCAAACGGGUUCAAGAUAGACAAAAACAAGGCCAGUGCCGCGGGUGAGCGAAGGAAAGCGUGCGAUUAACAGAGCUACUGGUAUUAUUGAACCCUGAAA